AUGUCGAACAUCUACAUCACCGAGCCCAACACGGAGGGCAAGGUGCUGCUGCACACGAGCUUCGGGGACCUGGACGUGGAGCUGUGGCCGCAGCAGGCGCCCAAGGCGGUGCGCAACUUCGUGCAGCUGUGUCUGGAGGGGUAUUAUGACCAGACGAUUUUCCACCGCAUCAUCGCCGGGUUCAUGGUGCAGGGCGGGGACCCCACGGGCACCGGCAACGGGGGCGAGAGCAUCUACGGAGCCCCGUUCAUCGACGAGUUCCACUCGAGACUGCGCUUCAACCACCGCGGACUGCUGGCCAUGGCCAACGAGAACAAACCCAACACCAACCACUCGCAGUUUUUCUUCACGCUGGACGCCUGCGAGUUCCUGGAGAAGAAUCACACCAUCUUUGGCAAGGUGACUGGCAACACGAUUUUCAAUUUGCUGAGUGUCGGAGACCUGGAGACGGACGCGAACGACCGACCCACGAAUCCGCCCAAGCUGCUGAGUGCAGAGGUGCUGUGGAACCCGUUCGAGGACAUCGUGCCGCGGUACGUCGGUAGUUGCGGUGGGUGGCUCGUGGUUGGUCGCCUAGGUACUGAUGACAUUGACUCUUGGAAUUCAUAG